UGGUGAUACCGACUCAAGCCGAUUUCACGCAGCUAAGUGAAGUGCCUACCUAAUAAUACGUUAUUUGACAGCGUGGUUGUAGUAGUUCUUGGCAAAGAAUAAGCAAGUUGCCGCCAUGCUGUGUCUGCGGGUGGUGGUGGCGAUUGCCGUGGCCUUGGUUUCGACCAAUUACAUGGUCGCAAAGGCGCAGGUCGACGAAUCAGUGGACGUGAGUGAAGAUGCUCGCGUGUUCUCUACUCGCAAUCUUCCGAUAGACGAUCGGCUCAUGCCGUCCAUCGGCAACGGACACAUAGCUACGAACAUCUUCAGUGACGCAGUCUUCAUGAAUGGCUUGUACAACGGACUAAAAGGGGAUAGCCACCGCGCCAGAAUCCCUGCCUACGCCAACAUAAGACUUGAUUCACCUUUAACGCGCCACUUGUUUAGACCUUUGUACAGUUUAGACACGUCGGAAGGUGCUUUUAAAGUAAGAGUAGACAGCGACAAGUCGGUUAUAGUACAGAGGACUUACGCCCAUAGAUAUUACACGAGAGCAAUUGUCAAUCAAAUUCAAGUGACCCCGAAACCACAUUCCGAUCCACAAAUUUGGGUACCGAUCAGUCUUAUGCAAGGUCCUGAGAGCAACGACAUAACGUUCGAAGCACCCGUAUUUGAGAUUAUUGAAAAUCGUGAGUCUUGGAGUAUGUGUGGCGAAACUAAGGAAUCUGAAGACCCGGUAUACCAGCCUGCGCCUGAAAAGAUCUGCUUAUAUUGGACAGCGGUACCUAACCAGUUGGUAGUGCCGCAGCACAGCGAUACACUUUUCACAUUUGUUAUGACUGCGGAUAAAAAAAAAGAUGUCGCGAGACAGGAGUUCGUUAAAGUGUUGCAGGAGGAAGGCGAUGAGCUGUAUAGGAAACACGUCGCCGAGUGGCAGACAACCCUUCAACAAGCGGGAAUCGACAUUGAGGGAGACUUACACUUGGCUAAAAUAGUGAACGGCAUGUGGUACUAUUUACUCAGCUCUCUGCCUUCGCAAAAUUCGUACCAUCCUCCGGAACCAUUCUACGGACUGAGCCCCGGGGGACUGGCCAGAGGGGCCUAUUUACAAGAUUAUCAAGGGCACAACUUCUGGGACACGGAGACGUGGAUGUUUCCACCGAUCCUGCUGUAUCACCCUAACUACGCCAAUAAGCUGUUGCAGUACAGACUCAACACUGCACCCGUGGCCAAAGAUCUCUCCAAAGCCAGAGGCUAUAAUGGAUACAGGUUCGCAUGGGAGAGCGCAUUCACGGGUCGUGAGGUCACACCUGAAUGCUGUCCCGAGGUUGUCGACUUCGAGGAGCACAUCUCGGCCGACAUCGCUUUUGCUGCGAGGCAAUAUAUCGCCACUACUCGCGAUGAGAAUUGGCUACAGAACGGAGGCUGCGACCUUGUGACCAACAUCGCAGACUUCUGGGCUUCAAAAGUCGUCAUGAACCACGAUACGGGAUAUUACGACAUUCCUAACGUGAUGGGACCUGACGAAGACCACCACAACAUAACCAAUUCUGUAUUUACCAAUGUUGUAGCAGGAUUUUCGCUGUAUUUAGCUCAAUACGCAUCAUGCCUCUGCAAACCCUACUAUGAGGUGAAGAAUCCAGACAACUAUGCAAAUAUCGCCUGGAGUCUCGCCUUGCCGUACGACGAAGAGCUGGACUACCACCCGCAGUACCAGGAUUACGAACGAGGAGUUAUAAUCAAACAGGCUGAUGCAAUUCUGUUGGGUUUUCCGUUGCAGUAUCCUAUGAAAACGAGCACGCGAGCUAACGAUCUUGCUUACUACGAGACGGUGACGCGAGACAACGGCCCCGCUAUGACGUGGAGUAUGCAUACCAUCGGGCACUUGGACCUCGGCGAAAAUGAACAAGCAGCACUUAUAUUUAACAGGAGUUAUGAACCUUAUGUUCGGCAACCUUUCAAAAUGUGGACCGAAGCUCGCCUCCCCGACAUCGGAGCGGUAAACUUCUUAACGGGCAUGGGAGGCUUCUUGCAAGCUCUGACCUUCGGUUACGCAGGUGUCAGAAUACAUCUGGAUCGACUGGAGAUUAAUAAGCCACAAUUACCACCUGGAGUCAGUAAAUUUACAGUUAGAGGAAUAAAAUACCUUGGAGCAGAGCUAACCCUGGAUAUCGAUUCAGAAGGCACAGUGAUGAACGUAUCGAAACUUGACGAUCAAUGGCCUCUUACCAUGACCAAUGGAAACGACAAUGUCGCGUUGAAACCCAAUACCAAAGUGACUCUUCAAGGUUCCGGCCCGUUUGUGAUAAGAUCUGUCCAGUGGAAAAACUGCGAACUGCCUGUAGAGAUGAUCGGCCAAAACUUCAGACCUUUGGACACGAAGUUUUAAACUAUACGUUUAAUUUUUACAAAAUAUAAAAUGUAGAAAACCUUGCUAAAUUAACUCAGAAAUAUGUGCAAGGAAACUUAAUAAAUUUAGAUGUCUUUACAUACGAAAUUGUCGAUUGUUUUUUGUAAAGAACUAAGCAUUUAAAAAAAUUGUAACCUUAUUUUCUAGUAUCUAAUUGUCUAAUGACUCCCUGAUCCCAUUAUUCCAUGAGCUAUGCCA